GGUUCGACCGGCUCGCGGAGCGGACCAACCGUCCGCAAAGCACCGUUGCUAAAUUACGCCGGAUCUUGAGGCCUUGGCUACGCUCGAGCAGCGAAGACGGGAAACCCUAGUUCGAAAGAACGAUGGCGAUUGCAAGAACGGGGGUCUACGUCGACGAUUAUUUGGAGUAUUCGAGUACGUUGGCGGCAGAGCUGCAGAGGCUGCUGUCCACCAUGAGAGAGCUCGAUGAGAGGGCUCAUGGUAUUAUAAACCAAACUAAAGAACAAACAAGAUAUUGGUUAGGCAUUCCUUCUCACAUCUCAAAGAAGGUAAGCCAUGAAGAUCUUGAAGCAGAACUUGAGAAGAUGAAAAAAGAGAUUGAAGCAAGCCAGGAAAAUGCAUUGAGCCUUUGCACAGAGAAGGUCUUGCUCGCCCAACAAGCAUAUGAUCUGAUAGAGAGUCAUUUGAAGCGUCUUGAUGAAGAUUUGAGCCAGUUUGCAGAAGACUUGAAACAUGAAGGAAAGAUUUCACCUGAAGAACCAGCUAUUCUUCCUCCACUUCCUUUAGUGAAUAAUGAUAAACGCAGGGGGGGUUAUAUAACUCCUCAACCAAAGAGGUUUAGAGAAAGGGAUUGGGACAGAGAACGAGAAAUGGAUAUUGAACUCAUGCCUCCUCCAGGCAGUCAUAAGAAAAAUAUUUCAGCAUCUUCUGAUGUGGAUCAGCCUAUUGAUCCAAAUGAGCCAACGUAUUGUGUCUGCCAUCAGGUAUCAUUUGGUGAUAUGAUUGCCUGUGACAAUGAAAAUUGUGAAGGAGGUGAAUGGUUUCAUUAUUCAUGUGUUGGGCUGACUCCAGAAACGAGAUUUAAAGGAAAGUGGUAUUGUCCAACCUGCAGGAAUCUACAAUGAUAGUUUAGUAAAAUCUGGAUAUGCUCAGCUGGCUUUUUUUUCCAUACUUUUGCCCCGUGGGAGGCAUGUUGAUGUAUAUUGUUUUUUGACAAGCAUUUCCUUUUCAUUGAUUAGAUUCAUACCAGAAAGAAGCUGAGCAUAUCUACGGUGAACUUAUUUGUCAUCUGUAGUUGUUUUCUCCUUGUAAUAAGAAUGCAAUAGAUGUUCUACUUGUUUA